AUGUACUAUAUUCUCUACCUGACCAGCCUCUGCCGGCGCCGCAACUGGCCCGAACCAAUCUACAACGCCUACACAAGUAGCAGCGGAUACACCUGCACUGUGCGCGUCAACAACCGCGAGUACCAGACAGACGGUAUCUGCAGCAACGAGACACUCGCACGCGAGAGCGCUGCCAUGCGCGCCUACCUCAUCUGCCGCAACUUCUCUGUCAACGACGGCAUGUACCCUGCUGGCCAUGAGCAAGGCGGCGCUGUGCAGGGGAUGCGUGUUGCAAUUGGCACGGGACGGAAGGUUACUCGUGAGGAUGAUGCGCUUUCAAUGGGGUCUAUGAGUGUGAAUGGGAGUGGGAGCGAUAGUUCGCACGGUGGGAGUUGGAGUGGGGGAAGUAGUCCGGCUAGGGCUGGGAUGGAGGGGGAUGGUAGGGGUGGGUUUGGGGGAAGGAGUUAA